CUGAACGAACGCUUACUGCCAAUCUACCUACCUACCUACCUACCUACCUACCUACCUUAUCCUUUCCUCUUGCAGCGUGACAUAUUGCCUGUUCUGGGCUCUGUGGUUCUCUUGUACCUCGCCGUCCCGCUCAUACAGUUAGUUCCUCAGCUGCGGAAGACGGAAUCGGUUGCGGUGUGGCUGGGUGCAUUGAAAGGGAAACAAGAAACCUGGUCGAGUGUGUUAUUGGGGACCUGCUUUGCAGGUAUUAUUGCUCGGCUUUGCAGUCAGGCAGUUGGCUUCGCUGGCUCUCAAAUAGCUUCGGGACCUCGACCACACUCCGAACACCAAUUGGCUGCGAUCAGUCUUCUUCAUCCGGGACGCUCUAGUUGACAGCAGGAGCAUACCACACAUCAACACAGUUAUAUGGCGACGGUCAUCGAAGCAGCGCGACGAAGGGCCGAUGGUGCCUUGACGGCAGCCAAAGGCGCCGUGGAAGACGCUCCAGCAGCAAUGGCGAAAGCUUCAGAGAAUCCACAAAAAGCAAAGCAGGACUUUCUGCACUCGCCGAUCAUGCGCGCGGCGCUUCCUUUCGUCAAUGGUGGUGCAGCCGGCAUGGCUGCCACAACAUGCAUCCAGCCCAUCGAUAUGAUCAAAGUCCGACUACAACUCGCAGGCGAGGGAGUCAAGACUGGUCCGAAACCAACACCACUCAGCGUCACCAGAGAAAUCAUCGCCGCCGGAAAAGUCAUGGACCUUUAUACCGGACUGUCGGCGGGUCUCCUACGACAGGCUGUCUACACAACCGCUCGUCUUGGAUUCUUUGACAUAUUUAUGAAGUCACUCUCGGCACGAGCACAAGCGCAAGGCAAUUCGAUCGGAUUCAAGGAACGUGCUGUGGCGGGGUUGGGUGCUGGUGGUAUUGCAGCUUUCCUUGGGAAUCCGGCAGAUCUGGCUCUCAUCCGUAUGCAAUCUGAUGGACUGAAACCCAAGGCUGAAAGAGCAAAUUACAGAGGCGUUGGUGAUGCUCUGGUGCGCAUCGCAAAGCAAGAGGGCGUGAGUCGGUUGUGGGCUGGUGCUUCUCCGACAGUGGUGCGAGCGAUGGCUCUCAACUUUGGACAACUCGCGUUCUUCUCAGAAGCCAAGGCACGGUUCAAGGAUAGCUCAAUGGGUCCACGAACCCAGACGCUAGCUGCCUCUGCCGUUGCUGGCUUCUUUGCAUCGUUCUUCAGCUUGCCGUUCGACUUCAUUAAGACGAGACUACAGAAGCAGUCGAAGGGACCUGAUGGAAAGCUCCCGUAUAAGGGCUUCGUCGACUGCUUCCAGAAGGUGAUUCGGGAGGAGGGACCUCUACGCUUCUAUCGCGGGUUCUCGACUUACUACGUGCGUAUCGCGCCGCAUGCGAUGGUUACGCUCAUUGUCGCCGACUACCUCAACUUCAUUACCAAGUGAGAGUGGCGUGAAUGGAGCAUCGAACCGGCAAAUGACUUGAGUGGCGAGAAUAUAUCUGAAUAAAGUAUCAGAGGGCGUUUUCCUGCGCGCAUGCAAACAGCAUCCAUCUAAUGUGAAUUAUAGAAGUGCCUUUUGGGGCAAAUGCGCCAGAUGGUUUGCUGAUGCAAAUUGCUUUGUCCU